UGCACUGUGCGUUUCCUCACACGUCUGACAAUGGAUGUAAAGCUUCUCAGGUUUUAAACUUCACUGUUGUUAUCCUCCUCAUCAUCAUCAUCAUCACCAGAGGAGGGAAGAUGGGCUGCUGCUCUGCUCGAUGCACGCUGAUCCUCCUGUGUUGUCUGCAGUUGGUCACAGCGCUGGAGAGGCAGGUGUUUGACUUCUUGGGCUACCAGUGGGCUCCCAUCAUGGUCAACUUCUUUCACAUCAUUGUGGUCAUCCUGGGCCUGUUUGGAGUCAUCCAGUACAGAUCACGCUACGUUAUUAUGUACCUGCUGUGGACGUUGUUGUGGGUUGGCUGGAAUGUCUUUGUGAGCUGUCUGUACCUGGAUCUUGGAGGCCUUUCAAAGGACAGUGAUAUCCUCUCCCUGGGAGUAUCGCCACAUCGCUCCUGGUGGAAGGACAACGGGCCGGGAUGUGAGGGCGAGAACCUUCCCUCUGCUGGGUGGCAGAACCAGCAAAACCCGGAGCUGAGCACAGUGCUGAGCUGCUGGCUGGAAUACCAGUACAUAGAAAUCCUGCACUGCAUCGUGCAGCUCCUCAUAUCACUCCUGGGAUUUGUUUAUGCCUGCUAUGUCGUCAGCACUUAUUCAGAGGAAGAAGACAGCAUUAAUUUCAUUGGUGAAUUACAUCACCCAUCCAAACCCUCUCAGUUGCUCUUCUAGUGUAAAGAUUUCAUGGUAGAUUAUAAAUGACCACAAAAUGAAAGUGGGAAGCCAAGAAUGAGCAGCAGAAGAUCAGGCAACUCUGAAGCUUCUUGUAAUGUUUCCUCUUUGGUUUGGUUAUGUUUAAAAACACACAUCACAGAUGCUCACCGUGCACAUAGUGUCCUGAUUCAAGAGGGGGAUUCCCAGUAUAUCACAGCCCUGGUUUUUACUUUGAGUUUUUUGGUGGGUCACAAGAGCUACAAAUCUGGGUGUAAGUCUGCCUUCGUGGAUGUGUGUGAACGAUUGUUCAGCUAUCUAAUAGUGAUCUAAACUGUGUUUUUAAAUUUGUAUAUAAGUAGCUGUUUCUUUCUAAAAUAUUAUGUAUCGUUAUAGUUAGAAAAAAUGUCAUCCCAGCUUGUAGAGUGUGUGAUAUCAUUCAGUGGAAUAAACUACAUCUACACUA